AUGACGAAAAUGGAAGUAGAGACUCUGAGGGGGAGAAACAGAAAAGCAGCUGCUCGUUAUAGAGCAAAGAACAAAGAAAAGAUGACCAAAAUUACAAUUAACCUUCAUUCUCUUAAAGAGACCCAUAAUUGCUUAAAACAAGAGGCAGAGCCCAGUUCCACUGAAUAUAUGCAUUUUCGAAGAGAGAGAUUAUGCGUCAACGAAAAGUCUAGCGAAGUGGGGAGGGGUAUAAUUAAUAAAUUGAAACAACAUUACGAGAGGAAAUACUAUGCGAGUUUUAGUUCUUCCUGCCAAAAUUUCCUCUCCGGUCUCACUUACAGAGAACAUGUAAGGACGUUCUCGAAGGAACAGAUAGGAGCAAAGGUUUAG